AUGGCCACUUCAGAAGACCCCAAGGACCAGAGAGCCAGCCCCAAAGUCGUGGGCCUUGAAACCAGCUCAAGUGGGAAGCAGACUCGCCAUCAGAAGGCCAUCCCCACUGCUCACCCAACUUUCAUUAUUCAUUGUGCUCCUGGAAAACAGCUCUCUCUGGAGUCACCCUCAGUGCCACUCCAAGCCCCCACUACCAACCUAGGACCUGUCACCCCUCCAAUGAAGACCUACGUCUUCUUCUGUGGGGAAAAACAGCCCUGUCUAACUCAGGAGGCCCCCCCGUGUGGGGGAUGCCUUGCCCAGGCCAAGAGUACCUUUUCCCUCUGUGGAGGGACUGUGGCCCCGGCUUCCUCCCCAGUCAGCCCACUCUGCCAUGAAGAAGUGCCCGAAGCCAAAGGGAGCCCCUUGAAGACUGUGUCUGAAGGUCUUCAGCUUGGGGAAUAG